AUGACUUCUUGGGCAAGUGAAUUUUUUAGUGAGUCCACAGCUUACUCUUCGUCGUCUCAAGUAAAUUGGCCUUCUUAUGAGCUUUCAGCAUCUACAGAUUUAGCAUCUUUUGCUGAGUCUGAUAUAGAAGAAACAUUUUUUAC